AUGUGCAACGGAUUCUCGACAAGAACAAGUCAAGGAGGCUCAAUUGCAGUCCUUCGCCCUACUGAGCAUCACACCGAACCAGAACGCACGAGUUCGGACCAGGAAUGGCACCUCCUCUUCUCGAACGAUGACGAAAACCUUCACAGAUCCGGAACGCAAGUUCAGCUCAGAGGUUGGAGGGGUAAACAACGAAGUUCAAUUGGUGGAUAUUGGGUCGUUAUUCAUCACGAUGGUGACCUCAGCGCUUCUCUUCAAGGCCCCCCGAAUCGCCUGCUUUCGGACCCGCUCUUUUCAUUCUUGCUUGAUGAAAAUUCUUUCUCAGUCACACAAUUACCUCAGCGACUAGAUCUUAGUGUAGGGGACGCUGGUAUCAUUGGUCGCAGAGUGUCUGUAAUGACAAGCUCUGCGAAAGGUCCUUUGGCUAUAGCUGAGGGCAUAAUAGGAUGGAAUUAA